CGAGGGGUCCUAAACAUGGUGCACGCUGCUGCAAUGGCUCAUGGGAGGAAGCGGGGCCCAGUGACUCCUCCUGAUGGGGGCUGGGGCUGGGUGAUCGUGAUGGGCUGCUUCAUGGUCACCAUCUGCACACGGGCCGUCACCAGAUGCAUCUCCAUCUUCUUUGUGGAGUUCCAGAUCCACUUCGGGAAAGACUACUCUGGUACCGCCUGGAUCCACUCGCUGGUGGACUGUACCACCAUGCUUUGUGCCCCGAUAGGCAGCUUCAUAGGGAACCGUCUGUCCUGCAGAGUGGCUGUGAUCAUGGGAGGCUUCCUCUCCUCCACUGGCCUCAUUCUCAGUUCCUUCGCCUCCAGCCUGGAAAACCUCUACCUCACCCUGGGGGUCCUCACAGGUGUAGGCUUUGCCCUGUGUUACACCCCGGCCAUUGCCAUGGUGGGUUCCUACUUCUGCGAGCGGAAGGCCCUGGCGUACGGCAUCGCCAUGUCUGGCAGUGGUAUUGGUACUUUUGUCCUGGCGCCUGUGGUCCAGCUCCUGAUCGAACACUACUCCUGGAGAGGAGCGCUGCUCAUCCUCGGAGGCUUUGUCUCCAACCUCUGCGUCUGUGGUGCCUUGCUCCGUCCAAUCACACUGCGGGAGGAGGAGGAGCCCCUCCCAGUGGACCCUGAACGCGGGUCAUACUCCGUGAAGGUGGCCACGGUGACAGAGAAGGACAACAAUGGCGUCCUUGUUAGCUCCGCCCUGCAGCACCGACCCUCCAACUGGCCCUGUUUCCUGUCCAGCAGGGAUUACCGCUUCCUGCUGCUGCCUGACUUCCUGGGUCUGGCUGGGUCCUUCCUGUUCCUGGCCAGUGGCUGUAGCCUGCCGUUUGUAUACCUGGUGCCGUAUGCACUGGACGCCGGUGUCAGCCAUCACCAGGCUGCUUUCCUGAUGUCCAUACUUGGGGUCAUCGGCAUCGUAGGAAACAUCACGUUUGGCUGGCUCACUGACAUGAGGUGCCUGAAGCCGUAUCGUGCCGUGUGCUACAUGGUGGCUGUGGGCAUGGAGGGCCUCUGCUGCCUCUUCAUCCCCCUCCUGAGAUCCUUUGCCUUCCUGGUUCCCUUUUCUGUCCUGUACGGGUACUUUGAUGGUGCCUACGUGGCCCUCAUCCCCGUGGUUACCUCAGACGUGGUGGGAACACCUUACCUUUCCUCUGCGCUGGGGAUUGUCUACUUCCUGCAUGCCAUCCCUUACCUGAUCAGCCCACCAAUAGGAGGCUGGCUGGUGGACACCACAGGCACCUACACAGCCACCUUCUUCCUAAGUGGUUUUGCCCUCAUCUCUAGCUCGCUGGUCCUAGCCACCGUCACGGGAAUACGCCACUGCAGAAAAUCCAUGGCUUCACGCACUGUCCCCACAGAAACCAAACAGGAGGUCCAAUCCCCUGUCCAGGAAGUCCUUAGUAAACCCCGCCCAGACAGCACUGCGGCAGACUGCUACAUAGCCUUCAACACGGAGGCCAAACUCUUAGACAACAAUACGGCUGAUUCUUAGUGUUUUCCCAGAGGUGUUUUUCUCUGCCGUUUUCAUGUGUCAUGCCAAGUGUAUUGGCGGAGGUGACAAAAGGGUAUUUUUUGGAGUGUUGUAUCAGCUGACGUUUUGUGAAGAUUUGUUGACAAGCCUUCAUAGACAGCGCCAUUCAAACUGACCAAAACUCCUGUCUUUAAAGCAGCAUUUGCAACCAAAUAUACAGACCAUCCCUCUUCAACCAAUCUGUCAGCGUGCCAUCAUUAAUGUGCCUCUCUUGCAGGGAUGCCAUUGGCUGAUAGAGAUCGUUGUUGUUGUCUUGUUUUUUUUUUACAAAAAUGCACGUGCUGGAUUUUUAUGAAGCUGGCUGAUGCUCCUAAUUCAGUCAUGAAAUGACAGAUCCCAUGUUGAUGUUACAAAAGACUGUUACUACACUGAACAUUAUAAACAACUACAUUGAGAAAGAAAUCAUUUCCACUAUCACCCUAACCCAGAACUUCUGUUCUACAUUAGAACAAUUCUGACCUGGGUCCAAUACUUACAUCAAGUACUCAGUGUUUGAGACGUGAUUUUUUUCCGUACCUUUGACUGUUCCACUGGGUUCAUGGUAAUGUUUUACAGAGUAAAACCGCUUAAGGUUCUUGACGUAACCUCUUAAUAGCAGGUGAAUCAGCAUAACCAGUCACUAUACAUUUAACCAGAUCUGGUGGGAAUUUUUAUGACGAGUAAAGUUAUAUGAGGUGUAAGGUGCUCCUGGAAAAGUCAUGUGUACACUGGUAUGGCUGUUUGACACAAGUCUAUGAUUAAUUAGCUGACACUCACCAAAUCUGUUAGUGCUACAUACGCAGCUCCUCUUGAAGCUAUCUAUGCUGAGAUACUAAGUUUAAUGUGUCCAAACAAGACAAUGUGUCAAAGGACCAUACUUGUUUUGAUAGAACAAGAUAAAACAGCUGGACUGGUCUCCAGGUGAUUUUAUUGAUGAUCAGGAAACAUGCUGAGGGCAUUUGUGAGGUUGCAGUUGUAGGACUGACAAGCAUAUGGUGGUAAGUUGAUUACAAGGUUCUGAUACCCUCUGUAUAACUGCAUUGACAGGUAGACUACACACACACAUACACUGAUGUCAUUGUUCGAGUUAACUCAAAACAGCACAAAGAAAAGUAAACUGUCAUGUUCGUUUCAAAUUUUACGUUUCAUUCAAUAUAAAUAUUAAAUGUUAUAAAAAAUAUUAAAGAUUUUUUGUUGUCUUUAAA